GAACGAAACCACGGAACAUAAACGGUUUGAAGUACAUACCCUCCUGCUUUAUGCAAAAGAACGGUGUCUGUCGACGCGGAGGGCAACCAGAGGAGAUCCGCCCCCUCCACUCAUCAUCGUUAGAUUGCGUGAAUAUAAAUUGGUGGUCACUUUAGGCUGGCUUUCUUCUAUUUAGGUCCUAGAAUCUAGGGCACAAGCUUGGUUGUCCAGUGUUUGGUACACGACUGGUGGAAUGUGCGUUGGGAAUAGUAUUCAAUUGAAAUCAGUCGAUGAUUGAACGUGAUUCAGAACGUCGUUGAUUGACCGGUGGUCAGUGGAUUGAAUGAGCGAAUGAAGACGUGGAUGGGCCUAAACGUAUAAAAGGUAGUUCAAUCUACGAGCGAAAGCAACGUUCAAAUCAAGGUGUUUUGAAAUAUGGCAUGGAUGAAGUGGCCGUGCCAGUAACGUAGAAGUGCUAGUGGAAUGGAAAAUGGGAACGAAGAAUGAUAAUAAAAAUCCAUUGUGUCAAUACGUUUGAGCCGAAGCAAGCAAGAAGAAGACGAAGAAAUGCCUCUGGAAGGUGAGAUAAAAAGCGAAUGCAUAAGAAUUUGUGGAAAGGAAGUUUUCUUUGUGUGAUUCGAUCGUUGACCGGAGUGCGCUGGAGGAAGAUAGUCUGUUGUUGAAGUAAACGGUCUACGACUACAGUUCUACAGCAUUGGAGCCUCAGUCUCAGUGGUGGUGCCUGCGGGAGGCUAGUGUCGGUAUUAGUGGCAGCGGUGGUUGUUGUUGCUGCUGCUGCUGCUGCUGCUGCUGCAGAAGGUGUGUGUAGACGAAGAGAAAAGACCAGAAAAGCAAAGCCGUCUACGUGGAUCGGUGAUUUUAACGACUACAUUCCGGGCGGCUGCUGAAAGCUGGGUCGCUACUUCAGGACAGACCUGGCUCAGGUCUCUGCUUUGUUGCUGCUGUUGUUGUCAUUGGUUGACUAUAUGAAAAAAUAACGCUCACGCGGAGUGGAAGGUUGCAGUUUCAGCGGUUUGUUGGCGGUGACUCAGAGGUCUCGUGCGACACCCACUUUUUGCUGUCGGUCAAAGUCCCACAUUCAACAAUCGGAACAUCAAACCGGAAUCACCAUCAUCAUAAUCAUCAUUUGCAGUAGCGUUAUGGUUUCUUAGCCAUCUCAGUUUCACGGUGGCAACACAUUCAAGGUGUGAACCCAUUUUCAGAGGCAACAGACCGCGAUCGUUACCCGACUCCAGCUGUAUCGUUCGUAAGUUACAGUUAAAGUGCCUUCGACACAAAUUGGUGCCACCAAGCGAUUCAGAGUGCGUCUUUUUUUUUUUACUCGAGAAAACAAAACAGUGCCCGGGAGAAGAAAGCAAACGCGAAUUAAGCCAUUUUCUAGUGCGUGUGACUACAAAAGUGGCGGUUCGAUGCCCGCCGGCGAUUAUUUUGAAAAAGCAAAAAAAAGUGCAUUAAUCUCAGGAAGAGCGAAUAGUUAUAAAACCAAGUUGAAGAUUUCUUCGUCGCUUAAUGUACACAGGCAGCUAAUCAAAACCUCUAGGUGAAGCAACGAUGUGAUAACGACCCGCAAAAGGGGAAUUUGUCAUAAAAAUAUAAAGUGAUUUAAGUGCCUUUUCCCUUUAAAAGCAAACAACAGAUUACUAAGCAGGUAGCAGACCGGGUAGUAAGUGGGUGUGUGGCGAAUUGCGAAAAAGAAGCAGCAAACAUAGUUCCUGAAGCUAAUCCGUUCCGGAAGUGAUUUGAGACAAGCGGAGAGAGCCGUUUUUCGUUGUUUUACAUGAACCAUCGAUCAUCUUAGUCGGCAGCUAAAGGUGGAAAUAAGGCGGAGACGAUUUAGUGGCAAUAUUUACGAUUUUGUCUAGACACAGGGGAUAUCCGCUUCGUGCCGUCAUCAAGCUAAUUUGGAUAUUGCUUCUGAAAGCUGUGCUUUUGGUGUGGAACAGAAACGUUGAAUAAAGAUGUUGAUUCAUUAGUAUGAUUCGUUAGCCGCGACAAUCGAAAGCCGUCCAAUACCUAGUAUUCGAUCGAAAACCCCUUCGAGAAAGUUCAUCGGAACACUUAUCCAUCCAUCGACAGAUAACACGACGCUGCCAUUUCGAAAGCAAAAGCGAGGUCAACGCGGAAAACCCUCUGCUAGUGUGGAACUGUGUGCCGUUAUCUGUCCUGGUUGUUGCGUAACGGCGCCCAAGACGAACUUAUUGCCUCUACCAUGGUAGAUGUCGAUCGUUAUCGCCUUUCUAUAACAGCAGCAGCUACUAGUGUCAUCUGCGCGAUUAACCUUAGGACAAGUGCAGCGAACGAAACCGGAUCAGCGACCGAGUAAUCUCGGGAGCAGCACCAGAAGGCGACGGAGAGUUAGUUUUAUUUCCAUUGCGGAAGAUUCACAUUUUAGUUAUAAUACGUAAGGGUUUAGUACGUAGAGUCAAACACAAAAAUGAGUAGGUUAGUGAUAGUAAGUUUAGUAUAUUUAGCGGUGUCGAUAAUUACGACCCAUUCAGAUGAUAAUUUCUACAGUAGAGGCAACGGCCGAAGUAGCAAUCGAAUCGAUUACCGUGAGGUGUUUAGCUUAAAUCGACAUCGACGAACUUUGUACGACGAUUCAUAUGACAUUGACAACAGACUGAGUAAUUUGGCAUCGGUGGCGAACAGUCCACGGUCGCUUCGGGCCGUAGACAAUCGGAAGCCGGUUUUUGUGAACUGUGAAGGAUAUGCACCCUCGGUGCAGGAAGAACGCGAUCCGGGAACGUACGUAAUACAGGUUAAUGCUACAGAUCCGGAUGACCAUCAGACGAUAGCGUACAGCUUUGUAACAGCUCCAGGCGAGCGACCAAAGUUUCGAAUUGAUAAAAAUACCGGGUUGAUCACGACUAUUCAUCGAUUCGACCGAGAUGAACCGAUUCGAGAAAAAGAAGUUUACAUUACGGUUCGGGCUACGGAUGAUGGGCUGCCGAACUUGGACGAUGUCUGUACGUUCAAGGUGACGAUCGAAGACAUCAAUGACAAUCCGCCGGUAUUCGACAAGACUCGAUACGAUGAACCCAUCACGAAGGACGCCAAAGUGGGAUCCAGGGUGGCUUCAAUAUCUGCCACUGAUCUGGAUGAUGGGGAAAACAGCGUAAUCAAGUACGAGAUCUUGAAGAAGCAGAGUGAUUACAGCCAUUUCAGGAUAAAUGAAAAUAAUGGUAUCAUCACGUUGGCGAAGUCAAUCGACAAAAGUCCCGGCCAAUAUUUCCUGGUUUUUGUGAGGGCUUACAACAACGUUCCGGAUAUGCCGCAGGACGCGGAAGUGGAGGUCAAAAUUCCCGUGAUUGAAUCGAACAAACUGCCGCCGUACUUCACCGAGACGCAACAGCAACCCAUUUCCUUGGAUGAGAACUUCAGUAACUACAGCGCUCCUUUGGCGACUCUACGAGCGAACUCCCACGUGCCUGGCAAACCAGAGCUGAUUUUCGAAUUGGUCACCGGUCGUACCGAACAAACUAAUAGCCGCAACACCUUCCUUCUGGAACAAAAAGGAGACACUGCCGUAAUUUUACUCGGUAAGGCCCUCGACUACGAAACCAUUACCGAGUACACAUUGACCGUAAGCGUUAAAAACACGCACGAUCUCAUCGCCCAAAGCAUAGUCAAGAUUAAAGUGCUGGAUGUGAACGACAACAUUCCGUACUUCACCGAGGUAACUUCCGGCUGGAUUCCGGAAAAUGAACCCGCGGGAACUCCCGUCAUGCAGGUCCGUGCCUUCGAUAUGGACGGAACGGCCGCCAAUAACAUCGUCUCAUUCCGAUUGGCUGACAAUGAAGAAUACUUUUCCAUCGACUACAAAACGGGCAACAUUACUGCGUUGACUAUGUUCGAUCGUGAAGCCACCGAUACGUACCAUCUCAAAAUCAUCGCGGAGGACAACUCUCCGUCGGCACUGUACAACAACGGCAAACCGAACUCCAUUUCGCAGACCUUCAUCAUCAAGAUUUCCGACAAGAACGAUCAUCCGCCCAAGUUCACCAAGGACUACUACAUCGCGGAAAAGAUCCCCGAGGAUGCCAACACCAAUACGGUCGUCAUCCAAGUGCUGGCACUGGAUAUAGACACGGCCUCGCAAAUCACCUACUCGAUCGUAUCAGGGAACAUCGGCAAUGCGUUCAAGAUCGACGAAACGACGGGAGCCAUUUCGGUGAACAACGAACUAGAUUACGAAAACAUCACCGAGUAUACGCUACAGGUGCGGGCGUUCGACGGCACGUACGACGACAAUGCGACGGUUAGCAUCAAAGUCGAGAACGUGAACGACAAUCUGCCCAAGUUUGCGCAGAACGAGUACAGUUUUGAGAUCGACGAGGAGAAGAUUAUGGACGGUUGUAUUGUGACGAUUGAGGCGUGGGACCCCGAUAUUCGGGAACGAACGGAUCCGCAGCACAUCAAGUUUGCUAUUGUCAAGAUCGAGCAGAGACCUUUAUUGGAGAUCGAUGAUGCGGGAUGUUUGAGGCAGAAAGCUCCGCUGGACCGGGAUCCUCCGAAUGGACACAAGUCUUGGCAGGUGAUCAUUUCCGCUACGGAUGAGGACGGAAGUGGUCGACAAUCGACGACAACGGUUAACAUUAUUCUGAACGACACGAACGAUAAUCCGCCGUUCCUGACGAACAAGAUGCCGGUGGUGUGGUAUGAGAAUCAAGAUCCGGGACGAAUUGUGACGUUGACGGCGGAUGAUUACGACGAGCCGCAGAACGGGCCUCCGUUCCAGUAUGGGAUUUCGGAGGGUGCUAGCGAAGACAUCAAGGUGAAGUUCCGUAUCGAUAAGGAUGUGUUGUAUGCGCAGGUGCGGUUCGAUAGAGAGCAGCAGAAGGAGUACUUCAUUCCGGUGUUGAUCACGGAUAGCGGAAAGCCGCACCCGUUGAGCAAGGUCAGCAUUCUGCACCUGGUGAUUGGAGAUGUGAACGACAAUGAGAUGCAGGAUGGUGAGAGUAAGAUUUUUGUGUACAACUAUAAGGGAGAAUCGCCGAAUGCGGAUAUUGGGCGGGUGUAUGUGGAUGAUUUGGACGAUUGGGAUCUGCCGGAUAAGACGUUCAACUGGCGCGAUGGGUACAGUCCGGACAAUUUCGCACUGAAUACGGACACGGGAAUGAUCACAAUGCUGCAGGGAACCCGUGGCGGAGAUUAUGAGUUGUUCUUCACGGUGACGGAGCAGUCUAGUUUCUUCCCAAGGCAUUCGGUGUCGGCGAAGGUGCUGGUCACUGUGAAGGAAAUUCCUGAGGAGGCGGUGGAUAAGAGUGGCUCGAUUCGGUUCUACGGAAUUACGGCGGAGGAGUUCGUUUCGAGGAGUCCGUCGCUGUCGGUGACACCAAAGGAUCGACUGCAGAACAGUAUUGCGGAGUUGUUCAACAUCAGCCGGGAUAAUGUUGACGUGUUUACGGUGCUACAGCGGGAUAACAAUGCUUCGUUGUUGGAUGUGCGCUUCUCGGCCCACGGAAGUCCGUACUAUGAGCCUGAGCGGUUGAACGGUAUCAUCGGGUAUCAUCAGCGUGCGCUGGAGGAGGAGUUCGGAUUGAAGAUGGUGAUGGUCAGCAUCGACGAGUGUAUUGAGGAGAAGGUUCGGUGUGAAUCGUCCUGUAAGAAUGUGCUCCAUAAGUCGAAUGUUCCCAUUGCGGUGUAUACGAAUACGAGCUCGUUCGUUGGGGUUAAUGCGUUCGUUCAGGCGGAGUGCGUUUGCGAUGCUCCACCGGUGAUGGCGGAAUGUUUGAACGGUGGAACUCCGUUCAACGACAAGUGCGAGUGCAUGGAAGAGUUUGAGGGUCCACACUGCGAGUUAAUCUCAAUCGGGUUCUACGGACACGGAUAUGCGAUGUAUCCUCCGGUGAGUCCCUGCAACAUGACCAGGAUCAGUAUGGAAUUGACUCCGCAGCGGGAGGACGGAUUGGUAAUGUAUAUAGGACCGUUGAGCUAUAAUCCUUUGUUACCGGUGCAGGACUUCUUGGCGCUGGAGCUGGUGAAGGGAUUGCCAGUGCUACUGUUGGACUACGGAACCGGGACGAUUCGUAUCGAGCACAAGCAUAGGUACCCGCAGGGGCGUCCGUUUACGGUGGAGAUUGUGCUGCAACCGCAGACUGUGGAGAUGAUUGUCGAUAACUGCAAGCUGUCGACUUGUAUGAGUUUGGAUGCUCCCAAGGGUCCGAAUGAAUCGUUGAACGUGAAUGCUCCGCUGCAGUUGGGAGGAGCGGCAGUCAAUCUGGAGUCGCUGGGAUCGAUGUUCAACUGGACGUAUGUCCCACAAGGUAAGGGUUUCUCGGGAUGCUUACGGAACUUGACAAUCAACGAUCGGACGUAUAAUCUGGGAGCUCCGAGUCACGCGAAGAACCACGAUCCGGGAUGUCAUCGGUCGGUGGCAGUUGCUGUAUCGUUCGGAAUUGAUUCAAAUUUCUUGAUUGCGAUCAUUGUGUGCAUAGCAGUACUGUUGAUCUUGCUGUUGGCGGUUGUGGUGCACAAGAAACAUCAGGACGGAUGGCACGAGAAGGAUAUGGAUGACAUUCGGGAGACGAUCAUCAAUUACGAGGAAGAAGGUGGAGGUGAACGGGAUGCGGAGUAUGAUUUGGCGGUGCUACGAGCGCCUCCGAUCUACAUGGACAAGCCGUACGGAAACGAUCUACGACAGAAGGAGGCAAAUGAAGUGCCAGACAUUGGAGCCUUCUUGACGGACAAGAAGGACGCCUGCGAUAGGGACGCCGACGCGUAUCCAAUCGAUGACGUGCGGCAUUACGCAUACGAAGGAGACGGCAACAGUUCCGGCUCGUUGUCCAGCUUGGCGUCCUGUACGGACGAAGGUGAUCUCAAAUUCAACUAUUUGUCCAACUUUGGACCAAGGUUCCGGAAGUUGGCGGACAUGUACGGAGAGGAGCCCUCGGAUACGGACUCAAAUGUAGACGAUGAUGAAGGAUGGAGGAUAUGAGGCGACGAAGAGAAUAAUUAUUAUAUUUGGUUUUGAUGGAACUGUUUCAUCCGAAGGCGGACCCGAGGUGUGGGAUUGUCCAGCUGCCGUGGAAGCCAAAGACUAGUUUUGGGUCGGUUUGAAGUAGGAUACGUAUACAAAAGGUUAUUUUUUGUACAGUUUAGUAUUCGCAGAGCGCAUAAAGAGAGAAAGCAAAGUGUUAAUAAAUGAGUGAAAUUUUUGAAUCCAAUCGACGGAACCGAGCAGCGUUGGUAGAAUCCCGGGGUAUGCUUUUUUUGGAUGACUCAUAACUUGGUUGUUAGAUUGUGUAGGAAGGGGAGGAGUAGGAUAGAAGACGAAGACAGCGAACAGAGCGUGAAGCCUAAAUACACGUGACCAAUCGGUGAGAUAUUGGUGCGUGUGGGUCGAAGGGAAGUUUCGUUUCGGAAAGCAUUUUGGGCUGGUAUUCCCAAUAAAGUAACAUAUAGGAAGAUAGAGAGAGAAACAUUCCUUUGUGUUUUAGCUAUGUUUAUGCAUGCAUUUCUCGAUGAGUCAUUUUUCAUUUUAGAAACAUGACUCGUCACUUUAUUAUCUAUAAACGGUGUAGGGUUAGUAGCUCGAAUUACGCUUUAGUCGUCCAUGUCGUCGUGGGGAACAGCAGUGCUCGGAAUCGUGGAGUCACGUGUCUAUAUUUGAUUAUGAAUGACAGCUAAGUCUUCCACCUAUAAGCAUAAGAAGUUGUGAUUGUUGUGACUCUUCACUCGAAGACUGGCGUUUCCCCAUUGUAGUUCAAAAUUUUAAUUGGGUUGUCUGUCAAAUAUUCAUCAUAGAUUUGCUAUCAGCAUUAAAGUUGUCUACUGCCACGAAAUCGACUAAAGCGCCAUUUGACCAAACAAACAACAAGUUUUGAAUCGUUCGAGCGUUAAAAUAAAAUUUGUACAUACUUUAUCAAAAGACACAGAGAUAACCACUGCCUUUGUUUGUCCGCUUAUUUGCCCGAAGCGGCAGCAAACAACUCAAACAACACGUAUACCACAAAGUAUUUAGAUGCAUUUUCGAACACCUCUGUCUAGCCUGAACUGGACUCGCCCUGGUACAGGAACAAUUUAUCUACAAAAAGCAACGCUCGUAAUGGAAACGAAGAGAGUGGCGACGGAGGAGUAACAUAAGAAACAAGCGGAAAGCGAUAUUCAAAGAUCAGACAGCAGAACCGGUCGCACCAAUAUCUCACGGUCAUCAUCGCGUUGUAUGUAGUCAGGAUGUUUGUUUUUAUUGCUGUUGUGUGGGUCAUUCUCCUUUGUUUCCAAAUGCAGACACAGCAAAGUACAUUAUUGGACGAUGGUUAAGCAGCAGGAACGAAUCAAACGUGGAAUCGAGCAAUUUUGAGGAAUUUAUGUGAAAUCUGAAUACCCUUGCAAGCUUUAUGACUACGUAAAGAGCACCUAUGUUUUCGAUCCAAACGAAUAUAACUCGGCAACAUUUCAAUCUUUUUUGAACAUAAAUUGAAAUUAUUAUAAUAGAAGCAUUCUUUUGAAAACUUUCUUUAUAAAUUUGAUAAUCAAAUAAAGUCACAUAAAAUUAGUUAAUUUGGAGUCAUCCACUUUCAGUAUGGUUUUGCAUCUUUUCGGCAGGCUAAAGAAGGGCCCACCGCCUCUGCUCAACAUCAAAAGGUUUCAGUAGAAAAACGUCAAAAACAAUACACAGAAUACACUAUUUUAAACAUAUAUUAGGGAUCGUUGGUAUCGUUUGUUCAUUAAACGUUUUGUAAAAAAUCACGAAUUUUCAUAAAUCAUGCCGAAGUGAUCAAUUAUUUAUAAACAUGAAGAAAAUAUUCACAAAGUUUGCAAAUCAGGUGGCAUAAAGAAACAUUUCCGUUUAAUUUUAGUUUAUGGUUUACAAAUUAGAACCUUUUGUUUGGCCAUCGUCACCUCUCAAAUUAGAAUCAUUUGUGUCUACUAAGUCGUAAGUAUGGGAAGAGUCAGGGUAAAACUAAAAUUCAUUAGAGUCAUUGGAUUUGAACCGAGCAUUCAAAACAUUUUCAUGACCACGGACUGUAAGACUUACUAAGCUUAGAUAAUGUAAAACAAAUCUAAACGCCUAUCGUAGUGCUGAGUGAAUGGAACCGCGAUGCCUUAUUCCUAGAAGAAGGAUAACACACUGGAAACGAUUUAGUCCUUUUUAAAAUAAUUUAAACAGAAUACUAUUUUAAACGUAGCAACUUUGUAAGGAAACGGAAAUCAAAUACCUAUUUUUAAUUUGAUAGUUUAUACACAAGAAUCGCGCCAAGAACGGGCUUCUUUGAAGCAGCUAACGAAUCGAUUAUUUAUAGUCGCGGAACAUGUUUUAAAAUAAAUGGCAAGAAAAGCGCAAAAAAUAACUAAUAAAACUAUUAUUGUAUGUAUUAAGAUGUAUUUUAGUGCGGCAAUUAUUAGCAAACGUGACAAAAACAAUCAAUUUCUCCUCUCGGUUUGUUAGAGAAAGGGAGAUGAAAUAAUGUGAUGUGUAAGCGAGUGAGCGAGCGAAUGAAACGAUUUUAUUGCAACCAAGGCAAGGUACGAGAAUUUUUGAACUGUUAUACAUAUUUUUACCAUAAAAGAACAACUUUACACACGUACAUGCAGCAUACAUAUUGGAGUAACCGAGAAGCAACAAACAUGUGAACAUAAUAGGUUUUAGCCAACCACCACCCUACAUUAUACCGCGCAGGCGGAAAUUCGCGCACGAGAGAGGGACAGCAAAACAAAAAAGUGAUCUUUAGACGCAAGCAAAUCGAUUAGACUUAAUUUUAAUUUAUUUAAUUCGCGGGGCAGAACGGAAGAAAGAAGACUAAAAGGCCCAUUGUACAGUUUGACACGAACCGUUUCGGUAGACACGCAUGCCCCGUCACGCGAAAAACUACAAAGCAAUGAACGGGUUGAUUGGGCCCGCCUGUAGGGAUGUUGCGAAGAAGUACGGCAUCUGGCCGGAUUCAAAUCGGGGAGAGGUUUCCUUCCGGUGUUGUGCACAGCAUCGUCUUCGUUGUUUCACACAGUAGGCAGCCUAAUGUGUUUGUCUCCAUAUAUAUCUCUCUCUCACGCAAGUGUAAUUCCAUUUUUUAAAUUAGACUUUUAAAAAGAGAUGAAAAUAAAUGAUAAGCGAUUAAUUAAGCA